AUGUCGGAUGUUUCAAAACGAUUAUCUUGUGCACGUCAAAUAGACAAGAUAUUGCGCAAGGAUUCCCUGGAAAGGGCAAAGAAAAGCUGGUUUGAGCGGAAUGCUGAAUCAGUUGAUUUAGUUUUGGAGGACAAUGACAGCGAGGAGGAGAGAGUGAACAGUUACAAGCAAAAGAAGGCCAGUUCUAUUCAUUUGAAGAAACUGCAGCAGGAGCUCCAUACAUUGCUUUCACGGCCAUUGCAACCCAAGUCAUUUUCUCAUCGCUUUUUGGCAGGGGCUGGUGUUUCAACUCUCCUUCAGAACCAAUUUGAAGAAUUAGCUAAUAAGGAGAAAUUUGGUGAUGCAAGAAACUCAGGUGAAAGCAAAAGAAGGAAAUUGGUGAUUGUUGGUCGGGAUUGUGUAGAACCACUCCAAGCACUUAGGAGUGCUGGUCAGGAGGUCAUGGAUUUGAAAGAGAUUGCAGUAAAACAAAGAAAUGUAGACCACUUCAGGAGAAAGAGAAAGGAGGAGAAAAAACGUUUGCAUGAUCAACGGAGGAAGCAGAGAAAAAGGCUAAAAGGGAAAUCCAAAACCAGCUA